AUGGCAACAACAAUAUCGUCCCAAUUGCGUUUGCAAUUGUGGAGGGAGAGACUUCAGAUGCGUGGCACUUUUUUUCUGAGUAACCUUCGUCAGCACGUUGUCACUCGGGAUGGUGUGGGGCUGAUAUCCGACCGUCACGAAUCCAUAAAUGCAGCUGUGGAAAGGAGUAAUGGGGCUUGGUCACCUCCGAGAGCCUUUCAUAUGUUUUGCAUCAGGCAUAUAGAGUCGAAUUUUUUGAGAAAAUUCAAGACGCCGUACUUACAGAAACUGGUCGUCAACAUAGGAUAUUCGAGGACGGUGUGUGAGUACGAGGUGCGUUACCAACGUUUACGAGAACGGGGCGAGGUAUACACUGACUGGUUAAACCGAAUCCCCCGGGAACAGUACGCGUUGACUUUUGAUGGUGGAUAUAGAUGGGGUCAUAUGACGACAAAUCUAGUGGAAUGCAUCAACUCAGUAUUGAAGGGUGCACGCAAUCUCCCCGUGACUGCCCUUGUGAAGGCAACAUUCUACAGGCUGAACGAGUUGUUUACCCGAAAAAGAGCGGAAGCGGAAGCCCGGAUUAAUGCUGGCCAUGUGUUUUCCGAUGUCGUUACCUCGAAGUUGCAUGCAAACCGACUUGCGUCAGGAAACAUUCAGGUUAGUUGCUUUGACCGGCAGAACGAGGUCUUUGAGGUGCGUGAGAUGCCAAGUGGAAUGGAGUUUGCAGUGGACCUACGUGUGCUUCGAUGUGACUGUGGUGAGUUCCAGGUGGACCGGAUCCCCUGUCGACAUGUGUUUGCAUGUUGUGCCAACCAGCGACUGGAUUGGCAAGUGUAUGUUCAUGAUGUGUAUAAGAUGGACCAAGUUCGGCGGGUGUACCGAGCAAGGUUUAGGCCAUUAGGUAACCCUACUACAUGCCUGCUUACAACGGACCUCGGUUCAUCCCGAAUCCGUUCUUGA